GGACCAUUUCUUCUCUCUUCUCUCUCAUUCUCUUCUCUGACGUGUUUCCUUCUUCGGUUUCUCAUCCUCACGUCCGCCUGAUUUUGAGGAAACGAAGAAGCAAAGAAAAGAUUUUUGAAUUAUGGACAGGUUCUGGCAAUUGGGAGAUGAGCUACGAGGUCAGACGAGAGCAUCAGAGGAUCACAAAUGGUCCACUGUUGCGACGAAGCUAGCUGAGCAAACUAGGAUGAAAGGGGAGAGGAUGAACAAUCUUGAUCUCUCCAAAGGUUACACUGAGUUCAGGCCGAGUGAUAAGUUUAGUUUCCAGGAGAACAAUCUUAACUUCAACAUGUUGAAUUUGGAUGGCAAGUAUGGUGAAAGCAUGGGUAAGGCUUCGAUGCAGGGGAAUGUUUAUAAUAUGAAUACUGUUUUCCAGAAGAAUGAUUUCAAAAGUGGAGGCAACAACAUGAAAGUCAACAAGUAUAGUGGUAACGUUGUUGCUAACAAGGAGAUGAACAACAACAAACACAACAAUAACAACAAUGAUAAUGGGAAUAUGAAUUUGGCUGUUGACAAGAGGUUUAAAACCCUGCCUGCUACGGAGACGCUCCCAAGGAACGAAGUUCUUGGUGGCUACAUCUUUGUUUGCAACAAUGAUACCAUGCAGGAAGACAUGAAACGAAACCUCUUUGGUUUACCUCCAAGAUACAGAGACUCUGUUCGAGCAAUCACACCUGGAUUGCCUCUGUUUCUUUACAACUACACCACUCACCAGCUUCAUGGUAUCUUUGAGGCAACAACUUUUGGAGGUACUAAUAUUGAUGCUACUGCAUGGGAAGACAAAAAGUGCAAAGGAGAGUCAAGGUUCCCAGCUCAGGUAAGGAUCAGAGUGAGGAAAAUCUGCAAAGCCUUGGAAGAGGACUCCUUCAGGCCAGUUCUUCACCACUACGAUGGUCCAAAAUUCCGCCUUGAGCUCUCUGUUCCUGAGACAAUUCAGCUGCUAGACCUCUGCGAAGAAGCUGGUUCUGCAUAAGCCGAAACGAUCAACCUUGCAAUGCCACGUUGCGAAGGGGUGAGGGGAGGUUUUGUAUGAAAUCUAUCUACGUAUAUGUAUUACCAUAAAGAGCGUAAGCUUUUGGGUUUUAGUUAAGAGUCGUAUUCAAAUGUAUGUUUACGAAGAAGGGAUGAGAGUAUGUGUGGUCUUAAGGCAAGCAAAAGGGCGAAGAGGCUCUGCCGAAUAAGCGACUUCUCUCAUUCUGUGUCUGUGUCUGAUGUGUGAGUGUGUUUGUGAGAGAUUCGAUACUCUUUUGAAAACAAAGAUUUAUGUAGAAGAAUAUAGAGAGAAAGAGAGACUAUAAACAGAGCCAAAAAUGUUGUGAGCUACUGUUUGUGUUUGCUUGUGUAAGGAGAAAACAGAUUGUCCUAAAAUGACAAGUUUAACUUUUAAGCAUAUGAGUCAGAGUCAUUAUCUUA